AUGUCUUUCAUCAAGCAAAUCCCCAAGUCGCUCAAGGAGCUCCGAGUGCACAUGUGCCAAACUUCGCCCAGCUCGCAGGGUCUGAGACAAUUCGUCCUCAGCAACUAUCCCGCUCUCAAAUCAUCCAACCCUGACCUCAAAGUGCUCAUCCGGGAAGCCCGAGGUGUUGAGCCUCGAGUGUUUGCUCGAUUUGAACACGGCCGAGAAACACAAACUUCCUUCGCCGACAUGUCCGAGAGCGAAGUAUCGGAGAGGUUGUCGAACCUCGUCAAGUCGUAA